AUGUCACCCCAAACAAUCGGCGUCGUCACGGGCGCGAACAAGGGUAUCGGCCUCGCCAUAGUCCGCCAGCUGGCACUCCAGUAUCCCACAUCGCCAGCCAGCAACGGCUCCUUGUUGGUCUAUCUCACUGCCCGCGACCAGGGUCGGGGCGAAGCCGCAGUCCAAAGCCUGGAAAACGAUGCGCAGCUGAAGCAAGCCAAAGCGUUGAAGGCCGAUGGGGGGCUCUCCGAGAUCAAAUACCAUCAGCUCGACAUCACCGACAGCAACAGUAUCAGGAGCUUUGCGGCCGAGUUGAAGGCGGCGCACGAGGAUGGCAUUGACUUUGUCAUCAACAAUGCCGGAAUCGCUCUGAAUGGCUUCGGUACAUCGGCAUCACGGUGUCUAGACCAGGCAUGCCACACCUUCCUCCCUCUCCUCAAGCCCACCGGCCGCAUCAUCAAUGUUGCAAGCGCAGUCGGCAAACUAGACAAAUACUCGGAGCAAGUCCGCAAUCGCUUCCAGGCUGCCAGGACCGAAGAGGACAUCACAAGCAUCAUGAAGGACUUCCACGCCGCCGUCCAAGCGGGCAAGGAGAAGGAUGCUGGGUUUCCGAGCGCGGCGUACGCUGUGUCCAAGGCUGGUCUGAUUGGUGCGACCAGGGCGCUCGCAAGGGCCGAGAAGCAAAAGGGCAGCAGCGUGCUGAUCAACAGCUGUUGUCCAGGUUAUGUGAAUACGGACAUGACCAAAGGUAAUGGCACCAAGACGCCAGACGAGGGUGCGCAGACGCCCGUCAUGCUUGCUCUACAGGACAUCCGCGGCCAGACUGGAGCUUUUUGGCAGAGCGAGAAGGAAAUUGAUUGGUAG